UCGCUUAGCGUAGUUUUAGCGAAGUCGUCGGAGUAGUUAUCGUGUUAUGAUUUUGCACUAACGGCGUAUCACAAACAGCGGCACACCAGUGUUACCAACCCGGUGCCACUAACCUGACGCGACUUCUAGCUCAUCAGAUUUCAUCAUACUCUUCCAUGUGUGAAAGGCGUUGUUGCAACGGGAGAGCUGGUUUAUGGAGCGGCGGCCAGUAUUUCCCACCUGAGCUCUGGGUUAAUUAAGCAAAAUGGACACAGCCGAAUCUGAGCAAGAGGAAGAAGAACCAAGAAAGAAAGAUCCGCAAGUAACUUCUACGGAUCCAAUUGAACGCAAAUUGGCCCGACGUUUGCGAAUUCAAAAACGGCUGGAACAAGUGAAAAAAACAAGAGAUGGAAGAGAAGUAUCAGAAGAAGGAGAAGAGAGUAUUAAGACUCCUAUAGAACAACAAAUAGCAGACAGUAUGGUGACUUUGGAUCAUUUGAUUCAAGAUGGACAAGAACAAGUGACAAACAUUCGCGUAGCAAAUGAUGCUCGCGAAGUCAAACGCCGACAAGAGCAGGCAGAGGCUCGCAUUGUCAGAAUGAAACUUGUCGAAGAUGAAGCAAGAGAGAGUCUGGAGAAGCUUGAAGAGAUUAAUCAAAAAUGGAGAGAAAUAUCAAACUACAGAGAUCCUCUUGAUAUUUACAGCGAUAUGGAAAAACAAAAAGUUAAGUGUGAAGAAUUGCUGCAGGCAAAAAAUGAAGUUAUAGAGAAACUGAACAAAGAACUAGAUAAAAAUGAUGAAUUCUUCAGGCGAGACCAGAAGAGACAAAAGGAAGAUUUGAAUCUAUUGGCAGAGAGAAUUGACAAUCAUAUAAACAUGAUGUCAAAAGCUUAUAGGCAAGAACUUGCAAUGUUAGAUGAAGUUAUAAAAGUAGAGCAGAGUGAAUUAGUCGAGUCUACUAAUAAAGAAUGGGAGGAACUCUACAAAGAACGGGAUAAGGAAGAAGUAGUAAAUAUGAAAAAGAAAUUUGAGCUAAUAAUAGAUUUUGAGAAAGAAAUGGACACUAUACAUGUUGAACACCAAGAAAAAUAUAGAGAAGCAAAAAUGCGUCUUGAAGCAGAUAUACGUGUUCUGCAACAAGAAUUGGAAAAAAUAAAAGCUCUGUGUCUUUUGAACAGUGAAAAAUUAGAUUAUAAUUUUCUGAUCCUCAAAAAAAGAGAUGCUGAAAACAUUAUCAUGAAAGCGCAUCAAAAACGAAGAAUAAAUAAGUUACAGGACGUAGUAAAUAAACUGAGAGCAAGAAUUGAAGAAGCAGAAAGAACAACAAAAGCUGAGAAACAAAGAUUAACUGAUGAAGUUUUGAAGUUGCAUAAUAAUAUUAUCGAUAUAGGAAGGAAAGCUGAUCAAUUUGCAGAAGUAAAUGAUAAAAAAUAUAACCAAGUAUGGGAAAUGAAUGAAAAUAUUGCUAAAGAUCUUCUGGAGAAGAUUUUGACAGCUGAUAGAGUAAUUCAUGAGCAACAGCUUGGUCUACCCUGGCAACCUCCAGAUCUCUCGAUCAUGACCAAAAGUGAACUUCCUUCCUUCUCAUCAGCAAUGCAGGCUGUUGAUAAAUUGUUUAAAGACAAAGAGGAGCUUAAUGCGAUAAGAUCUAAAGGAAAUUUACUUCGUCAUAUUUUACAUAAAAUUGCUGACAGCUCUGGAUUCCUGGUGGAAGAGAAAAUAUUUCCUUUGCUUUUUCCCUACAGGAAAACAGAAAAAACUUUAGUUAAAAUUGAAAAUAUUUUUAAGGCACUUGGAAUUCAAACUGAGGAAGAUAUACAAAUGCUCAAAGAGUAUUUUAUUCCAAAAAGUUCUUCAGAAGAAAAAGAUGAGGUCGAUCUGUUCACAUCACUCAACAGGGGCAUGACUCAUACUCUCUCAAAACUGUCUGCUGCUGCUGCUGCUGCCAAAGAUGAAGACGACCAAGGGUCUGUUGCCAGUGAUGCAAAGAGUAUGAGUGAAGGAAGUGCUACAGCUACCUUGCCAGAUUCUGUUCGAGACACCAAAAUUGACAUAUCAGCAAUAAAGGAAUUAGGAGAUGUUCCAAAGCCUGAUCAUUGUGAUCCUUCUCAUCCUUUAAAAAUCGAUCCAAUUUAUGUUUUAAAGGCUUUGAGAGCCUUUGUCACUGAUUUCAGUAAAAGCAAAGAAAUUGUUGUAGAGACCUUGUCAGAUCGUCUUGCUAAAGAACGCAGAACAGUGUCACGUUCAUUGAAAACUGAAGAUGUUACUGCUUACUGGACAAGAUUCACACAAAUAUUCAGUCCAGAAAAGGAGAAGUUGUGGGAUGCUUUAUUGAUUGGGCUUCAUAAAUAUCUUGAGAUAUUACAAGCUAGACACAAACUGAAUGAAGAAGUGCAUUCUCUUCGUCAGCAAAACGAUGAGCUAAAAAGGCUUCUACAGCAAUAUGUUAUGACUUUUGGCCAGGGCACGAAGCGUGGUCUUCCUCCAAUUAAAAAUCCAAAACAAAAGCGUGACAUGUGUAGAUGGCGCACUGAUGUGUUACUGUCCAGAUGCCUUGCUCCUGCCAGUAAUCCCCACUCAUUUCUGCGUUCGCUGUUGGACUCUUUGAAUAUGUCUGAAACAGUCGUGUCUGUGUGUUGGAAAGACCAUACCAGUGAACUUUCUACAGUAUACAAAAGUUUAUUGGAGAACAAUGUUUUGGUAGAUUGUACUAUCUCUGCUGAGGGUCAGACCUUAAAAGCUCAUAGGCUAAUUUUAUCAGCUUGCAGUCCAUACUUUCAUAUGCUGUUUCGUGAAGAGACUGGGAAGCAUACGUUUGUCAUCCUCUUAGAUGCUUCAUUUGAAACACUGAAAGCCAUGAUUGAUUUUGUGUACCGAGGGGAGGCCCAAAUUCCAGAAGGCAACUUGGAAGCAUUUCUGACUCUUGCUCAAUCCCUACAGAUCAAAGGUCUAAAUGGAAUUACUCAGCAUUAUAGUAAGAAUCGAUCUAGCAGUCUAACUGGAAACGCAUCCCAUAGUGCCCUAUGUGAGGAUGUACAAUUAGCAUCAUUGAUGACACCUUUGCAAGAACAUCACAAACCUCAGUGUGAUGAGGUGUCUGAAGACCCGGAAAUAACUGUAAAACAUGAACCUUUGCAUGCCCUAUCUACGGAAACAAGAAGUGAGAAACUGGAUAAUGUUAAAGUUGUUGAAGGCACAACUAAAAAUUUCAUGAGUGAAAUGGAGGGUAGUGAAGAGAAUUUGAACCUUUUCUCAAAGCCUCUCAAAAAAGAACAUGAAAAUUUUAAUGAGUCCUUUCAUGGAAAUGUGGAUUUAUCAGUGAUGCAAACUUCACAAGAGCAGCAGAUGCAGUUGAACUUUGAAGUGUCUUCUGGCCAAAAUGUUGCUGAGACAAAUGACCCUUUGCAGUUUGCAAUUUUGGUGCCAAAAAUCGAACAUUUGGAUGAUAAAGACAGAGAUGAACUCGUGGAUGACUCUGAUUUGUCAGGAAAUGGUGCAAAUGAAACAGGCGAUGCAACAGAAGCUUGUUAUGGUGAACAAAAUCCUGAUCAACUCUCAAGUGAGUAAAAUAAUUUAUUUUUAUAUUUAUUUGUUUAUGAAGGACGCAGAAUAGAAGUGGUGUAACUCUGAAAACAUGAUAUUGAAGAAGCAGCAAUUUUGUGAAAUUGAGAAGUAAAAAAGGUGGUAAGGUGACCAAAUAUUAUAUUGAAAUGGUCACUUCAAUAGUGCACUAUCACAUUCUCUGGUAAGAAAAUUAUUGAAUUAACACCUUCAUUUCUCUAUAAAUAACAUAAAAAAACUUCACAAUAAACUGGACUUGUAAUGGUACUGUUC